CCUUCCUGCCGGCUACAGAUUGGAAACCCCUCAUAAAGCUGCGCCCUUCCCUUCGUUCUCUUCUCCCUCACUCUUCCUCUCUCACACCCCGACAGCCCCUGCCAGUCAGCCUCUAUCCAGCUUCACAGAGCUCUCUUUGAUCACUCCUCAUCAUCUACUCUCUUUCCAUAGCUUCCGCUAGCCCCAGCUUACACCUGCAAUACCACUACCAUGGCCGCAGAGACAGAAAACAUCCUCCAGAAGGUCGACUCUCUCACCGAGGAGCACAAGGAUGGCGCCGCCAAGAAGGGCCACCGCAGAGUCAGCUCCAUGGCCGCUGACGUCUACCGCAUUGAAGACCUAGAGAAGGAGGGCAAGCACAUUGACAUCUCAAUUGAGACACAGAAGCUUAACUGGAAGCUGAACAAGUCACCCAGCACUGUCGAGGAUCCAUCAGUACUGAAGCUGCCACUCACCGAGCCCAAGCUCAAGUCUAUUACCCUACACUUCCCGCUUGGCCUAGAGGUCGUCGCACGGAACAUGAAGGGUGUCACCAUCAAGGACGCAUUAGAUGCCAUCCACAAACAGUUCAAGAAGCGCGCAGAUGACGAGUUCGAGAAGCCCUACCUUAUGGGAUUUGAGUGGGACCCAUCAGAGUGCUACACGCGCUUCAUCGUGCACCAGUCAGCCAACCCUACCGCGCCCAACACCUUCGCUUCUGGUGGAAAGAAGAAGAAGGCCAAGAAGGCCGAGGGCGAGGAGGGCUCCUAAGUGAAUGACUCGCCCCCUUCCCAAUCUUCGACUUUUACACACAGCCUCAGUCAUACUACCAUGCUUGGGCAUCGGUUGGUGCGGGGUAUGGACAUGUGCAUUUGGGUGCUGGUCAAUCUUGAUAUCGAUAUGGGAAGAGCGAGUGCAUCUACCACGAUGCCGUGGCCUCUAUACUAUACACCUGGGUAGCCAGGGAGUUUAGCGGGUGCGGCUGUCGUCGGGAGCAAUGCGUCGUGGAACCGUUCG